CACUGCGACAACACUUCUGUUUUUAAUGUCCACGGUCAACUGUGCAGAAACUGCUCACCAUCAUCUCACAGCUGCGAUGGGUGUUGUUCUGACUGACUUUGUUUUGCUCAUGGCUCUGAUGAAAGGCGUCGUAGGUCAAAGCUGGGAUAUAAUGUUGCCCGAGACCAUCGUGGGCCUCAGUAAAUCCUGCAUCACUGUUCCGUGUCACUUUACCGUUCCUGCUGAUCAGGAAACAAACAUCCUGAACUGCUCCAACCGUGGCGUGUGGAGGAAAGGAAGUCUAACAGGUCCCAUCGUCAUCAAUUCACAGAAACCCAACGUCAUACAAGGGCAAAUAAUCGGAGACUUGACACAGAAGAACUGCACAACAGUGAUGGAGAACUUCUCUGAGGACAACAAUGACAUGUUCUUCUUCAGGCUGGAAUGUCCCAACCUCAAAUUCACCUUCACUAACGGAGUCAGAAUCACUGCUAAAAGAGAUCCGUCUCCUCCUCAGAUGACCUCGGUGACUCAGAUGUCACAAGGAGCUGAGGUGAAGUUUCAGUGUUCGGCUCCACUGACGUGCUCCAACCUUCCUCCCUCCAUCAGCUGGCAACCGCAGGACAUUUUCAGUAAGGAGGAGCUGGUGGUGGAGCAGGUCACAGACGGCCAGACGGUCAUGACAUCUACGAUGACCUUCACGGCCUCUGCUGACCUUCACAACGAGAGCAUCAUUUGCUCGGUUUCUUACCCGCUGUCCAAAGGAAAGAGCAGUUCACCGUCAGCAACAACUCGAAGACUCAACAUCUGGUAUGGUCCGAGAUUCACCACAGCAAUGCUGAGCACCUCUGGUCCUGUUUCUGACGGGACUUUUGUGACAUUCACGUGUUCAAGUGACGCAAACCCUCCUGUGAGAAGCUACACCUGGUUCAGAGACAACCGCGGGCAGCUCAACAGAGUGGGACAAGGACAAACGCUGAUCCUUCAGGUCAGUAAGAGAGACACCGGGUUGUACCUGUGUGAAACCCAAACUCAGCGAAGCUCUGAGAGAUCCAGGUCUGUGGUUCUGGAGGUGCACGGCUCUCCUACUCAGGAGAACUGUAAAAAUGUGAAUUCACUGAUAAUUCCCUACAUCAUCUGUGGAGUUUUGCUGGUUCUCUUCAUCCUGACCGUCGCCGUUGAUUUGUACAAACAUCAAAGUCUUUCCAAGAGGCUGAAGAGGAUUGAGCAGAACAGGGACCACACAUACGCUGAACUGAGGACGGUGAAUGUCAACAGUGUCUAUGAUCAACUCCAGAGGCGUCCACAGCUGAAACCGAAGCCCAGAGCUCCUGAAGAUCCAGAGUAUGAGAACAGCACCAGCACAGUCACAGUCAGAGAGUCACAGUCAGAGUCACAGUCAGAGAGUCACAGUCAGAGAGUCACAGCCAAACAGAGACAAACGACCUGAGCUGAACUUUUCAUGAACACCAGCCUCCAGUUCAGACAGGGGUCACCAGAAUUUUAGGUUUUCAACGACUUUUCUCUUCGAAGUUUUUUAAUGAAAUAAAAAUGUUUUCCAAAUGAACCAACAAACUGAAGACAAUGAAGACUUGCAUGUACACAUCAUGGCUGCAUCGUCUGUUUGUUUGCACAAAAACUUAGCACAAUAUGUCUGUGAAAAAGAUGCAACUCAAAUUGAAUA